AUGCGGUUACCGACGUUCGACGGUGCAAUUGAAGGAUGGGCCUCGUUUUACGACAUCUUUUCUUCUACGAUUGACCGUGACGAGUACUUGACACCGGUACAAAAAUUGCAAUACCUGAGAUCAACCCUUACCGGUAAGGCGGCCGCAUGUAUUCAAGCACUAAGCACCACCGAUGCGAAUUAUAGAGACGCCAUCGACUUGUUACGACAAAAGUUCGAUUGUCCCCGCCGCAUCAUUUUGGGACAUUGUGAUGCAAUUCGCGAAAUCCCAAAACUUGUUAAGGAUUUACCAGAAGCGUUGGGCAAUCUGGUGGACAGUAUAAACCAACAUCUUCGCGCGUUGGUAAAUCUAGGCGAAGAUGUAUCAGCCUGGAAUAGCUUCCUCUUGUCGACUAUCCUUUCGAAAAUAAAUUCGAACACUUUUUGGCAUUGGGAGCUCUCAUUAAAAGACAAACGGAAGGUACCGUCCUAUACAGAUUUACUAGAAUUCCUGGAAAAACGGGCAAAUUGCGCGUUGAUGUCAAGCGCGAAGGCUCUACCGUCAGAACGACCUGUAGCGGGUCACUCAGAAAACCUGCGAACUCUGAAACAUCGACCAUCGCGCGGUCACGCUUUCGUAGCCGCGAAGACCCGUCAUCAUCCAUAUGACGACCGUAGACCAAGGAAUAAGGCAAACGUAACUAACCCACUGAAGCGGUGUCCGAUUUGCAACGAUGACCACAGCAUUUGGACUUGUGAGAAAUUCCACGGACUAUCAGCUCAUGAGAGGAACACAGCCUUUAGAAAAACAACGUUGUGUCAAAAUUGCUUCAGAGACGGUCACAGCACUGACACCUGUCCCAGCAGCACCUGUCGCAUAUGCCGCAAGAAACACCACACGCUGCUCCAGCAAGCAGUCACAACCGUGGAACCCACAUCUUGA